AUGAUGCUAAUGAGAAGAAAGUUGGGUUGCUGCAGCAGGGAGAGGGAGAUGAGCAUUGAUUUUGAUGAACAAGAUAGAAUGAUUACAUACAAUGGCUUAGAAGCUUGUAUUAUCAACAAUCAAUCAUAUGAAGAAGAAGAAGAUAGUGGAACACGUCGAGGAGAUGGAUGCCUAACAGAUUCAUUGGAUGAUGAUGCAUUUUCAAGCUGUUCAUCAAGCAAAGAGGCCCCCAGUUCCUUUUCUUCAAAAUGGUUACCAAUGAAGAAUGAUGAACAAUCUGAUGGUUUAAGCUUAUCUGGAAGGUCCAAAUAUUUUGAUGCUAAGGAGAAACCAUGCUAUCUCUAUAACCGUUUGGAUGUGGAAGCUAUGAAGGAGAAAUGUUCAAAGCGAUUGCUCGGUGAAGAUGUCACUGGAGGAUGCAAGGGCAUUCAAGUAGCUUUGGCUUUGUCAAAUGCUAUAACACGUCUUGCUAAUUCUAUAUUUGGCGAACUUUGGAAGUUGGAACCUUUGUGUGAGAAGAAGAAACAGAAAUGGAGAAGGGAAAUGGAUUGGUUACUUUCUCCAACUAACUACAUGAUUGAAUUAGUCCCUUCUAAGCAUAAUGAUGCUAAUGGAAGAUCACUUGAGAUUAUGACCCCGAAAGCUCGUGCAGACAUUCAUAUGAAUCUCCCAGCUCUUCAAAAACUGGACUCAAUGCUAAUGGUAAGGAUACUGGACUCAAUGGUGAACACAUAGUUUUGGUGUUCAGGAACCGGCAGUAGAGCUGAAGGGACAAACAGGACUACAAGCGAGAGCAAGCGAUGGUGGCUUCCAUCGCCACAAGUACCCAAACCUGGUCUCUCUAACUCAGCAAGGAAGAAACUGCUAGACAAGGGCAAAGUAGUUUAUAAAGUCUUCAAAGCUACAAAGUCCAUAAACGAAAACGUUCUUCUUGAAAUGCCAGUACCUGCCAUUAUCAAGGAAGCUAUACCCAAAUCUGGAAAGAACAGCCUCGGUGAUGAACUGUACAAACUGUUGGCCGUGGAAUCCAACACAGUAGAUGAUAUUAUCACAUCUCUCAAGCUGGGGACCGAACAUAGUGCACUGUAGACAGUUAACAAGUUAGAAACUGCUAUAUUCUCAUGGAAAGAAAGGCUUACAGAGCAAGCCAGCAACGGUAAAUCACCUGUCAGGAUACCGUGGUCAUUCACUAGAGAUCCAUUGUAUGAAACUGAGUCACUCUUGAACCGAGCAGAAGCGCUUAGAAAUCAGAUCAAAUCCAAAUACCCUAAUCUUCCUAACUCGUUUCUUUAUGCCACAAAGAUUCAGUAUGGCAAGGACAUUGGUCAUGCGGUUCUUGAGGCAUAUUCAAGAACAAUUGCGAAUUUGGCGUACAGAAUACUCUCAAGAAUGGGAGAAAUAUUGAAGACUGCUGCAAGUAACCCUAACUCUCCAGCGCCACCGAGUUUUUUCCAUAGCUCCCGAGAUCUUUAUAGAACACCUGAGAGGCCUUUGCUUUCGUCUCGUGUAAGACAUUCUCUCACAGAUGACUUGAACAAAGCCGAUGGGAGAGAGACCGGUUUAGUUUUUUUGUAUGGAGAUGCUAAGGUCACUACAACUCCAAGUAGAAGCAGUAGAUUAUGGUAUACUAGGAUCAGCCCGCCACACGGGCGUGAUAUACUUUAGUUGUGAUCUAAGUUAUUAUUUUUUUGUAUGACUUUGUGGUUUAUGUUUUAGGUUUGCAUUUGCAAGAGAUAUGUAUGAUACUGAUUUUUGUCUUUUGAAAAGUUUUAGGUGA